GACGGCCCCCCUCGCUCGGCCCGGCCAUCUUGUGGGAAGAGCUGAAGCAGGCGCUCUUGGCUUGGCGCGGCCCGCUGCAAUCCGUGGAGGAACGCGCCGCCGAGCCCCCAUCAUGCCUGGGCACCUACAGGAAGGCUUCGGCUGCGUGGUCACCAACCGAUUCGACCAGUUAUUUGACGACGAAUCGGACCCCUUCGAGGUGCUGAAGGCAGCGGAGAACAAGAAAAAAGAAGCCGGCGGGGGCGGCGUUGGGGGACCCGGGGCCAAGAGCGCGGCUCAGGCCGCGGCCCAGACCAACUCCAGCGCGGCGGGCAAGCAGCUGCGCAAGGAGUCGCAGAAGGACCGCAAGAACCCGCUGCCGCCCAGCGUCGGCGUGGCGGACAAGAAGGAGGAGGCGCAGCCGGCCGUGGCGCUGAAGAAAGAAGGAAUAAGACGCGUUGGAAGAAGACCUGAUCAACAACUUCAGGGAGAAGGGAAAAUAAUUGACAGGAGACCGGAACGACGACCACCUCGGGAAAGAAGAUUUGAAAAACCACUUGAAGAAAAGGGUGAAGGAGGAGAAUUUUCAGUUGAUAGACCCAUUAUUGAGCGGCCCAUCCGAGGGCGUGGCGGCCUUGGAAGAGGGCGAGGUGGCCGAGGCCGUGGCAUGAGCCGAGGGGAUGGUUUUGAUGCCCGUGGCAAGCGAGAGUUUGACAGGCACAGCGGGAGCGAUAGAUCUUCUUUCUCACAUUACAGUGGCCUGAAGCACGAGGACAAGCGAGGUGGCAGCGGGUCGCACAACUGGGGCACCGUCAAAGACGAAUUAACAGAGUCUCCCAAAUACAUUCAGAAACCACUGUCUUAUAAUUGCAGUGAUUUGGAUCAAUCAAAUGUGACUGAGGAAACUCCGGAAGGUGAAGAGCACCCUGCGGCUGACACUGAGAAUAAAGAGAACGAGGUGGAAGAAGUCAAGGAAGAGGGUCCAAAAGAGAUGACCUUGGACGAGUGGAAGGCCAUCCAAAACAAAGACCGGGCGAAAGUGGAGUUUAACAUCCGGAAGCCAAACGAAGGUGCUGACGGGCAGUGGAAGAAGGGCUUUGUUCUCCAUAAAUCAAAAAGCGAAGAGGCACACGCUGAAGACUCUGUGAUAGACCACCACUUCCGGAAGCCUGCCAAUGACAUCACAUCUCAGCUGGAGAUCAACUUUGGAGACCUCGGCCGCCCAGGACGGGGCGGCAGGGGAGGGCGAGGUGGCCGUGGGCGCGGGGGGCGUCCGAACCGUGGCACCAGGACCGACAAGUCGAGCGCUUCUGCCCCGGACGUGGACGACCCAGAGGCCUUCCCCGCGCUGGCCUGACUGCACGCCCGGAGACGCCCUGGCUCCUCGGUGGGGCCUCUUGUUCAAAGCUUUGUGCAUGCUUAAGGAUCCCAAACAACUAAGAAAUUUAAAAAAGGAAAAAAAAAGACUGUCAUUCAUACCAUUCACACCUAGAGACUGACUUUUACCUGUUUGAAACGAACUUCUCUCGCUACUCAGAAGUUAACAGAUCUGGCAGUCAGUUUUGUAUUUAGAAAUGUAUUGGUAGCAGGGAUGUUUUCAUAAUUUUCAGAGAUUAUGCAUUCUUCAUGAAUACUUUUGUAUUGCUGCUUGCAUAUAUGCAUUUCCAAACUUGAAAUAUAGGUGUGAACAGUGUGUACCAGCUUAAAAGCUUUCACUUCAUUCGUGUUUUUAUUAAGGGUCUAGGUGUUCCCCAGUUCCAGACUGGUUUUAAAUAUUGGAUGUACUGUUGGUUUGAAGACCUGCUCUGCAUUUUCACACGUGCUCAGCUGGGACGUUUUAAACUUGUCAGAUUUUAUGCUGUGUGGAAUACUAACUACUUUCUGUAUUUUAACUUAGUUUUAAUACUUUUCAUUUUGGGGGAAAGAUCUUUUUUCACUUCUCAUGAUAGCUGUUAUAUAUGCUAAAUCUUUAUAUACAGAAAUAUCAGUACUUGAACAGACUCCAAGCACACUGGUUUAUUAACCUCCGCCCUCCUGCAUGGCUCUGCGGACCCAGCGCACCUGCCCGUCCCCUUGCUGUAUCGCUGUACAGAGCGCCGCUUCCCCGUCCUAGAUCCCAGCUGGACCCCACCUGGAGAGCGUGGCUGUCUGCCCCUGAUGCCAGGGUAUGGGCACCUCCUGCCGUGCAGGCCCUUCCUGCAUGGUGGGGAGCUGGGGUCAUGCUGCAGGCCGCUGCUGUUUCCGUGCCUGUCCAUGGGUGGCCAGCCUCGGUGUGGGCAGUGUACGAAGGCCUUUAACCUUCCUUUCAAUACAAUCAGAGGGUGCUGGUGAGUGUGGCAGGGUGUCCAGGACUGGGCAUCUGACAACGGAUAGCUCUCCUGAGGGCUGGGACAGCAGCAGCAACCACAGACUACAGGCCAGAACUUUGCUCUUCCUCAGUUUCCUAGUUUGUUACCGACUGGUGUUCAGGGGGUUGAAGUCUGUUCCACGGAAGCAUGUCUGUUCUCGGGAAUGGAGUCACACCUGGCCCAUGGCAGGCAGCCCCUUUGGGGGCCCUCAUCUUGCCUGCAGCAAGUGGGGCUAUGGGGUUUCCCCCUACUGUGCUGUGGCUGCUGAGUCCGCAGGGAGGGAGUUGUCUGGUGCAGGUCUGAAGGUGGCUGUCAUUCCUAGCCGGCAGCUUCCUACCUCUGGUAGUAGCUGGUUCUAAAAGGCAGCGAUCUGGGUCUGCACACCUGCUGUGUAGCCAGGGGUGGGGGCACCAGGGUCGGGUGGCCUUGGGCCCGGAUCUCAAACCCGGACCAGGUGUGGCGUUGAGGAUUUUGGAUGACUCAGUGCCGAGCUGGUUCUGCACUGGUGCUAACCUCAAAACACCGUUUUCUGAUUGCGAGCUUGGCCUCCCUUCAGGCCCUUGGGCUGCACUGGUGGCCUCCUCGGACAAGACAGCGCUCUAGGGACACCUGCGGCUGGGAAUUAUCCCCGCUCAAUGAAAGCGGGCAGCCCGGAGCUGUGUGUGACGGACGUGGUGGUUUGCCUCCUGGUUUACUUUGUAUCAAGAGCUGAACUGUGAACCUAACUUUCUCCUUGGGUAAUAACUGAAAAUAAAGAUUUAUUUUCAUGGUCA